UCUCGUGAAGAUAACCUGUCAACAACGAAUUCCGAAAAAUUUUCAUUAUUGUUUUCACGUUAAACAGAAAAUAUGCAUACAUUUAUAUAUAAUACUUUUAUUUACAAUUCGACGCUGUUUUCCUUUUCGACGCGCUGUUAAAAGGAGGAAAGUGUGUUUACUUAUGCAGAAUGUUAAAUUAUUAGUUUUCUGUUUCAAAUUUUCUUCAGUAGUCAUAUUUUUUUGCCACAGAGAAAGUUUUCUAUAGAGAGCAGUUUCCUACUAGGUUGAAAAUUAUGGGUACUGAUAUUUUAUUUGAAAAUCAUACCAUCAAAGAAAUACAGGAAAUUGAAAAGAAAUUGAGAAAUGACAUUGAACGUAAAAAGGAAGAACUCAGGCAGAUGGUGGGAGAGAGGUAUCGGGACCUCAUGGAAGCUGCUGACACAAUUACUGAAAUGAAAGAUAUUGCUGAGAGUGUUAAAAAUAGGGUCAAAUCCAUUGAAGAUAGAUGUUAUGAAUUGCAAGAAGGUAGUUUACGAAAAGGAAUUUUAAGUACAAUUCAAGACAAGGUAGCAGAAAAAAGGAAAUCAAAUGAAUUACUAUACAUAAUAGCUUCUCAAAUAAAAAUUUUAAUGGAUUGCCCAACAAAAAUAUGGUCUUCCAUUGAGAAUGAAGAUUUUGUAAGUGCUGUUUCCUUAUUCUUGUUAGCUCGUCAUACUCAUUCUCUGCUCAUGUUGGAUCCUGUUUACCAAGAACAAAGGAUAUCUGUGCAAUUUCCCAUUAUUAAAAGGCAGUGGACAUCUGUAAAUCAUCUGAGAUAUGUUUUAAUGCAGAAUUGCCAGCGAAUACUAGAAACAGAAAAUAUUGAACCAGAGAAUGUUGUAGGUCCAAUGUGUUGUUCUUCUUUAUUGUCCAAUUCAUCAUUAGAGGAAGUUUUUAUGGAAAUUUUAGAAGUGCGAAAGAAUGUAUUGAAGUCAGUAUUUCGUCCAGAAAAGUAUGCGAAGGAUCAGAUAUGUGAAUUUGUUGUUGUAGUACAAAUGACAUUGAAAAUAAUUUAUGUUUUACUCUAUCCUAAAGAAGAAUUUGACUCGAAUAAUGAGUGCAAAACAAAUCUAUUACAACGAACAUUACAAAGGGUUAUUAGCAAAGAAGCAUCAGGUAAUGAUUAAAAUGUAUUAUAUACUUUUUU